GAAAGUCACAGGCAACACGUUAAACACUCCGAAGAAGAUAGCUGAAAGUCUCCUGCCCUAAACAUGGAUAUCGGAGGCCUGACCACAGUGGUAGCAAACUCUGCUUACAUCAAUGCUCGUGGAAGUUUUGAUGGCACCAAUACAGCAUCAUCCCGGGAUAAAAAGUACCACUCCCGCCUCAGGCUGCCCGACCUCCCAGUGUGUGAGGGCCUGAGGGACACCCUGGAUGUGACCUUUGACUCGGUGUGUGUGGAGCAGCCCAUCGGCAAGCGCCUCUUUAGGGAAUUCUUGGAUAAAGAUGCAAAUGAGUAUCACGGGGCUUGCCGUUUGUGGAAAGACCUGGAGGCGUAUGACAUGGCUGAGGAUUCUGGGAGGGUAAAGAAGGCCUCAAAGAUAGUCCAGCAUUACAUGGAGUCCUCUGGCAAACACUUCUGCUCCUUCCUGUCAGAGGACCUCAUCGCCAAGGUAAAGGAGAACCAGGAGGCAGCAGGCGAUGAUCUGUUUGUAGCAGCAUGGGCCAUGCUGUUGGACUUCCUGCGAGAGACCCCCUACUCAACCUUCCUGGAGAGCCUGUUUCUGAAGAGGUACUUGCAGUGGAAGUGGCUGGAGAUGCAGCCCAUGGACGCAGACUGGUUCCUGGACUUCCGUGUGCUGGGGAAAGGUGGGUUUGGGGAGGUGUCGGCCUGUCAGAUGAAAGCCACGGGGAAACUGUACGCCUGUAAGAAACUCAACAAGAAGAGGCUGAAGAAGAGGAAAGGCUUUGAGGGGGCGAUGGUGGAGAAGAGGAUUCUUGAGAAGGUUUACAGUCGCUUCAUUGUGUCAUUGGCGUAUGCCUUCCAGACAAAGGAGGAAAUUUGUCUGGUGAUGACCAUCAUGAACGGAGGAGACCUCAAGUACCACAUCUACCUGGUGGAUGAGAACAACCCGGGCUUCGAUGAGCCCAGAGCCUGUUUCUACAUCGCUCAGAUCAUCCAGGGCUUGGAGCACCUCCACCAGAAGAGAAUCAUCUACAGAGAUCUCAAACCAGAAAAUGUGCUGCUGGAUAAUGAUGGGAAUGUGCGUAUAUCUGACCUGGGUCUUGCUGUGGAGCUGAAAGAAGGCAAAACACAGACCAAAGGAUACGCUGGGACUCCAGGGUACAUGGCUCCCGAGAUGCUGAAAGGAGAGAAGUAUGACACCUCAGUCGACUACUUCACUCUGGGAGUCACGCUGUAUGAGUUCAUUGCAGCUAAGAACCCAUUCAGAAACAGAGGGGAGAAGGUUGAACGUGAAGAGAUGAAAGAGCGGAUGCUGACCCGGGAGGUGACCUAUGACGAAAAAUUCAGUGAGAACGCUCGCUCGCUCUGUGACGGGCUGCUGGCCAGAGACGUUGAGAAGAGGAUGGGCUUCAAGAACGAAUGCUGCGAUGAGAUCAGAGCACACGUUUUCUUCAGUGACAUCAACUGGAGGAAACUGAACGCAGGAAUUCUGCAUCCUCCUUUCGUCCCGGACUCUAAAGUGGUGUACGCUAAAAGUCUGGACGACGUUGGAGCUUUCUCCUCGGUGAAGGGAGUGACCUUGGAUGAUCCUGAUAAAAGCUUUUUUGAUGAGUUUUCCUCAGGCAACAUCCCCAUCCCCUGGCAAGAGGAGAUGAUCGAAACAGGCAUCUAUGGAGAGCUCAAUAUUUGGGGUCCUAACGGCAGCAUCCCCAAAGACCGCAGGGAGUCUGUAAUGGAGCAGCAAAAGUCAUCAACCUGCUGCGUUUCGUAGAGUCAUGGAAACACCUUGAAAAUACUAAUAAUAAUAAACUUAUGCGUCAUGAAGACUCAUACACUCAGGAAAGACACAUUUCUUUUGGACUCACUAACCUCAGUUCAAACUGUUUGUGACUCUUUGAUUACAUGUUAACAGUGAGUGCAGUAACAAAAAUAGAAAGGAUGGUGAUUUUCAACUUGGAGUGGACUUUAAGUAAUAAUGUUAAAGGUUUUAUCCCCAAACUAAGUAGCACAAUGGUGACUUAGUCGAUGAAAGCCCUGGGGUUUACAGCUGGGGUGUCAAACUCAAGGCCCGGGGGGCCAAAUCCGGCCCGUGACUUCAUUUUAUGCGGCCCCAAAAGAGCUUGCAAAGAAUAUAAAACCUUUAUUAUAAGAUUACAGGCUGAUUUACAGAAGCACGUUGCCCAUAAACUACAUGUCCCACAA